UAUAUAAAUUGAUUUCUUUUUUUAUUACAAUAUUACACGCAGAAGCUCUUUUUUAGAAUCGCAUUGGAAGAUGUCGAAUCAAGGCUUUGUCGUCGCAGAAUUCCCGGAUGGUAUUCAAGUAAUACCAAAAAUUUGGUUGCAAAAUAAAGAUAAAUGCAAAUAUCCCUCGCAUUUUAAGACGGAUAUAAAAAUCCGAAAAGCGGUAGAGAAACAGGAGAUACCAAAGUUUGAUUGGCCCGCAUUAGAAGUUAUAAGAAUUUUUGGCGAAUAUUCGUCCUUACAGAAGGCUUAUGCGAAGGCAGAGAAAGCUUUAUACACGUCAGAUAUGGACACGGAAAAGGAAGCAAAAUAUUACCGAAAACAUAGAGCGAGAAAAAUUUACUCUUCGUCGGAAAGCGAAGAAGAGUCUGGUGUAAAUUUGCCACCUGCUCCAUGUCCUCCUGCAAAACGUAACGUUAUAAGCAUUUUCAUUGCGCGCUAUAAUUACAAUUAG